AUGCCUGAAGCACCUUUUUUGGGACUUCAUCUUGCGUAUGCUACAUCACAGCUUCCAAGCCAUGUUAGACACUUUGGUCUUGGCUUAAUCGAGUCUGUCAUUAAAUACAAAUGGAAAUCUUCAACAUACUCUGACGAUCAGCGAGAAAUCAUCAAAUCAUCGAUAUUUCAACUAUGUGAUUCCGGACUAGGAAACAAUAUUCAAGAAACUAGAUUGAUUACAGAGAAACUGGCAAAAAUAUUUGUUGAACUUGCCAAACGUACCUGGCCACUUGAAUGGACAAGCAUGGAUGUUCAACUUCGUGCGCUUUACCAAAAGCAUAUGGGCGGCAGAAUCCUUGUUUUAUUGUUUUAUAAAUCACUUGCAGAGGACGUGUUUAUAUUUGAAGAUGAUGUGGUUACUAGCAGGAAAAAGGAAUUGUCGACUGCGCUCAUGUCAGUUACUGUUGGUACAGGAAUUCUUCAUAACAUGCUAUCUAAACCAAUAGAUCCGAGUCAAACUGGUGUUUCAAACCGUCAGGAUUUACAGCUUUUGAUGCAGCUGAUUGUUGCUGAUCCAGACAAUGAAGGGUGGUUUACACGAUGGUCUACAGCGAUUGAAACGCUUGCUUGCGCCAUGACUUCAAAGAGCGAGAACCAUGCUCAGAGCGAUGCCGAGCGUUUGCUUGUGCUUACUUUAAAUUGUCUGGCUGUUUUCCUUGACUGGGUGCUGCUCGAAUCUGUUAUCGAAACGCGAACAUUGUAUAGACUGCUUCAGCUCCAUACUGUGCAAUCCAACUCGGUUCGUCUUGCAUCAGCCGAUUGUUUAACAGUGCUGUUUAGUAGGAAUAUUCGUCCUCUAGAUCCAAUUCGCAUGACUUGUUUAUGGCAACCUCUAUUUGCUGAUGGCCAGCUAGAUCUUAUUGUUGCUGCUUGGAUCGGUGUAUAUGCUCCAUACUCAUCGUUGAAUAUUGAGCAAGCUCAGCAAGAUGUGUUUAUUCCAGAAUGUGACUACAUAUAUUUGAAACGCUUGGCACACGCCAUUGCAUCACUUGGCAACUAUCAGAUUUGUUUUCGAAAAAACACUGUUUGUCCACAGCGGUUUGAAGAGUAUAUGCAACUGAUUCUACUGAUGAUUUCUCAUCCAUCACUGAUUGUGAGCGGGCAUGCAGUAUCGUUUUUAUUAGAGGCAAUCAAGCACGACUUUAUCCGAGUUCGAUCUGCAAUGUCAAAUAAAUCUCUUCCUGGAUACAGAUACGCGGCAAUUGACUUUGAUACUGAUUUUGAAAUUGAUCAUGCAAGUAUGGGAUCGACACAGAGAAUGACUGAUGCAAUAAGGCUUAUUCCACCCAUCCUUCCCGACAAAGUAUUUGAGUGGCUUCGAGCCAAAUGCACAUCGAUGCUGAACAGUCCAACUAUUUCUUCAUCAGAGUGUCAAGCCAUUUCUACCAUGACAGAUUGUAUCAUGAGUGGAAUUCCUUCUGAAUCGGUACGAGGAUCAGACAUCAAUCAGAUUGAGUUGGCUAAAAGUAUAAUGCUGCUUUUGGUGCAAUUGAUCGAUUAUAACGGAAACCAGAAUAUGGCAAUCGUGAUAUAUCAGCUUCAAAUGAUUGUUGCAUUUUCCGAAUACAUGGAUUUGUAUCCUGAAAUUUUACUCAAAUGUCUUGAAAAGCCUAAUGAAAAGGACUUUAUACAACAACAAAAAAUUCUGAGUGAGAGUACACGUAACUUGCGUCGUAAAGCAGCUGCAUCACUUGUGCGAAUUGGAUCAACUAUGCCCAAUCUUCUUCAACCACUUUUACCACAAAUUAUGCCACUAGUAUCCAACUAUAUUCAAUCAAGCCAGCUUAUGCGGAUUGAGCAGACUCUUAUGAUUGAGUUUCUUGUAGCCAUUAUCUGUGGGUCGAGUAUGGAGAUUCAUUCCAAAUCCAGCAUGCUUCAAGACGUUUUGGCAUGGGAUCUUGCACACUUCAAGUCUUUUGAACCCUAUUCUGUGUUUGAUGUGCAAUUUUUUGACUCGAUUGGUGUGAACACUCUUGUUCAAAUGGAGCGUGAAUUAAAGGCGACAAAGAGUCCUGUGGGAAAAGCUCAUGAUAUGUUGGGAGCUGCAACCUCUUUGAGAAACUCUUGGUCGGCAAGUUUCAAUGCUAUUUGGAAUUAUUUAAAACGGAUUCGACAUUCUCAAUUGAAUAAGAUUUCAGAUGGUUCUGCAGGUGCACCUAUUGCUGUUUCCAAUGUCUGGCCGGAAAUCGUUGUACACAUAUUACCCCAAAUUUUGGCCACGAUCAAGCAAGUUUUUAAAUUACUUAUACUUUAUAGGGCUAAAUUUGCAUUGGUAUGCAUUCAUGAGUCGUGGAGCCCAAAAGUGUUGUCGACUCUUCCUCCGGAUUUUGCUCAGCUACGACUUCUUACCAAGACUGAAAGGGCAAUGUUGCUAGGCAGCUAUUUUGCUGAAAAAGAUCACGAGGAUACGUCGGUGCUUGAUCCUGAAAGUGCUUUUGAAGAUCAUCUUAAGCGUAUAUGCGGAUGGUUUGGACGCAUGCGGGAAAUCAGUUACCAACUGCUGGCGACUCUUUCUACCAUGGGCACUGAUUUUUACCUGAUACAAAAUCUUCCUGAUACGAUCAUUUCGAGUGUAUUUUCCAAUCCGCAAGAUCUAGCACCACAGCAUCUCAAGUCCAUAAUAUAUAUCCUUUUGUGCAGUUUUAUUUUUAUUGAGCCAUGCUAG